ACCGGACCAGGCCAACAUCAGCAGGCGUGAGGAUGUGUGGGCGUGGCUGUCAGGCUCCCUGUUGCCAAGGUUACUGGAUAGCACCACCCUAAUGCAGGAAACAGGAAGUGUGCUCCUGGGCACGCCCAGACUACGACAGAUACGAGACGUUAGUCUGUCCUCUCCAGGUUCCAUCCAUGGGGCAGGAGCAGGAGGCUGGGGAGAGGGGUUGACUGGCUCAGCAGUAAACAGGAAGCUGACCCAGAACUGGACCUUACACACGGCUGAUGACAACGGAGCGUGGCGUUGGGGUCAGGUGAUGGUGUACGGGAGCGGAGGUUUCGUCCAACAGCUGAACAGGAACAUAGAGGAGACCAGAACAUCACUACAGUACCUACAGCAGUUACACUGGAUGGACCACAUGACACGGGCUGUGUUUGUGGAGUUCUCUCUCUACAACACCAACACAGACCUUUUGGCCUUCUUCUCCUUCCUGUUUGAGUUCCCCGUCUCUGAGCACACUCAGUCCAGCCUCGACCUCUUGACCUUCCGCCUGCAGCCUAUCACAGGCCUCGACCUGCAGCUGCAGCUCACGAUCCUUCUCUUCUCCCUCGUGGUGUAUUUCUGUGUAUGUGCGGUCCUGGGCCUGAUGAGAGAGGGCUGGGUAUACCUCCUGUGCCCGUGGCGGUUGCUGGGCGCGUGCAGCCUGGCGCUGGCAGCGUGUGUGUGUGGCCUCCACAUCAGCCGAUGUGCCGCUGCCGGGCGCCUGUGGGCGUCGUACCUACGGCAACGAGACGGGUACACGGACUUCUACCCGCUGGCACGGCAGAGCCAAGCUUACACCCUGCUGUCUGCCAUGCUCCUGUUCAUACUGGUGUUGAAGGCGUCCCACCAGUUGCGUUUCCUGAGGGAGUGGGCAGUGUUUGGCAGGGCUCUGAGACGCUCUGUCUGGGAACUGAUAGGAACAGGUCUGGUCCUGCUGGUCCUGCUGCUGGCCUACUCACACACAGGACACCUGCUCUUCCACUCCGUGAUGGACGGAUAUGGCAGCGUGAGCUCCGCCUGCCUGUCGUUGCUUGGCGCCGGCGGGCGCGGCCUGUUGUCCUUGCGACCAUCGUCAACAACAACCGGCCCCUCUAGCUCCGCCUCCAGCCUGGUGUUCCACGCGAGCUUCGCCGUGCUGCGGCUGGCGUUGCUAUGGCUGGUGACCUCUGCGUUGUUAAGGAACUAUCGUCGGGCGCGGGCGGAGUUGUACCGCCCGGUGGUGGACCUACAGGACUAUGAGAUGGUGGAGCUGUUUCUACGACGACUGAAGAUGUGGAUGGGCCUCAGCCGUACCAAGGAGUUUCGUCACAAGGUGCGUUUUGAGGGCAUGGAGCCCCCCCCCUCUCGCUCCUCCUCCACCAGUGACUGUCAGUCCCUGUGCCUGCCCCCUCUGGACGGCUCCGAGUCGCCCCCCAGCCCUGGCAGCCUGGACGGGACCUCUGAGGCCUCCUGGAGACCCACCUCUUCCAGCCCCUGUAGCCUGACAGAGGCCCCCGGGAUGGGGCUAAGCCUGGGUCCCGGCGGAUUGGGACCAGGUGCGUUGGCGGGUGGAACAGCCUGGCGAGAAAGGGCGGAGACUGAGGCGACUCUGAAGAGGCUUCUCCCCACACUGGACGCCUUGCUGCUGCAGCUGGACCGGGUCACCGUGGCGACCGAGGAGCUGUACCAUACCGAGUGUGUCCUGGAGUGUGCCCACAGGAAAGGAGGAGGGCCGAGGGGGGGGAAGGGGAGGAGAGGGGAGAAGGAGAGGGGGGUUCCUCCCCCUACAUGUACCCCUGCCCCGAAAUCUACCCCUGUCCCGGUUCCUCCCCCUACAUCUACCCCUGCCCUGAAAUAUGCCCCUGUCCCGGUUCCUCCCCCUACAUCUACCCCUGCCCUGAAAUCUGCCCCUGUCCCGGUUCCUCCCCCUACAUCUACCCCUGCCCUGAAAUUGACCCCUGUCCCAGUUCCUCCCCCUACAUCUACCCCUGCCCUGAAAUCGGCCCAUGAUCCUACCCCAAAAUCUACCCCUGCCCUUAAACCUACUCCGAAAUCUACCCCUGUAUCUGCCCCUAUACCUGACCCAAAAUGUACCCCAGUUUCUCCCCAUAUCAUUUCCCCUGCCUUGACCCCUGCCCCUGUACCCCUCUCUACUCCUGCCCUACCCUCCACCCCUGCCCCCUCCUCCUCCUCCUCCUCCACUCCAGCCCCUCGAGAGUGGGACCCCCCUACGGAGAGAGAGACCCUGCCCCCCUCCAGCCUCUUCAACCACCCGGCCCACACCACCACCAUUCCCACGCGCAAACGCAAGCCCCCGCCGCUCAAGAACAAGGUGCACCCCAACCCAGACAGGCAUGUGUCCGGACACCCCAAACCCUGA